CCUGUGCUCUCGGGCCUGGGAAGCGGCCGCCUCCCCUCCGGAUCCCAGGCCGCGGCCUGCCCUUGGGGUCGCUGCUAUUUCUGCCGAGAGGAGAGUAAUUAUAGCUCAGCGCCCAGCUGGCCCGGCUCCCGCCCUGGAGGGGCGGGCGGGUGAGGCCAGGAGGGCCAGCCUGCGGCGGCAGCAGCGCUUCCAGGCCGGAGCCAGGCCGGGGCUGGGCCAGUGCAGCCCGGACACUGGGCGCCCCGCACCCCCUCUCCAGGCGGCAGGAGGGACCGCGCUGGACCCUGCCCCCGGGGGUGCCCCAGAGCCGGGCACCACUGCCCCUCACAGACCCAACAAGGAGCCAGGACCAUGUCACAGUAAAUGAGGACGGCAGCACAAGCCUUGAGCCCCGACUCCCGGCCAGAGGCGCGACAUCAGACCAGAAAGAAUGUGGCGGCCGCUCCAGGCUCCUUGGUGCCCAGGGCGGGGAAGGAGGGUGACAGGAAGUGCCCCCCCUCCAUCCUGAGACGAAGCUCGCCGGAGGGCCGAGGCCGCCGGGCGGAGCCACAGAGGGCCUCGAGGCACGUGCGGUUCCAGGAGCCCUUGGAGGUGGCCGUCCACUACAUCGCCGGCAGGGAGCACGUGCCCGCCACCAAGGCGCCCCGCCGGCCCCGGCCCCGGCCCCGCGGCGGCUCCCUGCUCCUGCGGCUGGGCCUGUGUGCACUGCUGGUGCUGCUGCUGGGCCUGUACUGCGGCCGGACCAAGCCCCUGGCGCUGGCCCUGCAGGACCUGCGGGCCCGGCUGCUCGCCCUCGCCCUGCGCCUGCGGCAGCUGCUCCUCACCGGCUGGCACUGCCUCCUGCAGCUCUAACGCCUGCGCAGCCCGCAGAGGCCCACGGAGGGGGCGGAGCAGCGAAGGUGAGCCUGGGACAAAGGGGGCGGCAGGCGGGGCCCCCAGGGCUGGAGUCAGCACGGCCCCUCCUGGGUCACAGCCCGGGGUCCACUGGGAGCUGUUAGGAAAGGACCCACCACUAAAAUCGGGACCACACCCCAGCCCCGGGCUGGCCCCCUCGCCCCUCCCUCGUCCCUGGAUGGGCUGGGUGUGGCUCCUGGAGGCAGGGACCCUGCCCUGUACCUGGGGUCCCUGGAGAAGGGGAGCGGCCUGUAGCCUCUUAGGGCCUAGGGGCCGGGACCUGGAAACCCUCAGGAGAGGUGGGUCCAUGGUGGGGGUGCAGCAGCCCCUCCCCAAGUCCCUCGCAGGCCCCCACUGAAGCCGCAUGGGGUGGGGGCGCCCAGAUCAGACCCUGCCCUGGGCCCAGCCUGGGCUCCUCCAGGCCCCAGGGGAGCGUGUCCUCCGCUCCCGCCCGGCCAUCGCCGCCUGGGGUGGGGCUGGGGGCGCCACAGGCCAGGACCCCCACAGCCUCAGGCACGUCCCACACCAGCGCGGGGCCCAUGGGGCCCAGGACGUUUGUGGACGGCAGACCGAGGGGAGCCACUCGGUGACAAGCUCCAGGACCCUCGGACCUGCCUGGAGUGGGGAGGCCGGAGCACAGCAGCGCGGCCUGCGGUCAGACACCAGGAGGGACAGGCGGAGCCGCCGGGAAAGCCUGCAGACGGAUGGGGGUCACCCUGAAAGCAUCUGUCCCCACCUCGUACGCGGGGACACUGGCUAUUAGAACGCUCCGUGGCCCUGUCCCCUGCAGCUCACCCAGAGGGGACACGGGGACCCGCCGGCCAUAGAACCCCCGUCAGGGCUCAGGCCGAGGUGGGGACACUGGGAGGCCAGCAGAGAGGGGCCUUGGCCCAGCGGUGACCCCGGCCUGGUCCUUGGGGACCCUCAGCAUCAUAGGCCCCUGACCGCGCACCCGCCCAGCCCCCAGGACGUCACUCGCCUCACUGCCCCCGGAAGAGGAGGGACAGAUUGUGGCCCGUUUUCCAGAUGAGGAACUGAGGCCCGUGGCCUCCCGCUGGGGCCGCACUGCAGGAGGGAGCAGGCCGGUCCUCUCCCCGAGGCCUGGUCACCGCGGCGCCGCAGACGGACCGGCUGGCUCUGCCGGCCACGGACGGUGACCCUGUCGUUAGGACAAAACUGCCCACGGUGGACACGGUCAGCCGGAGACACGGACACCCGUCCAGCUCCCCGGGGAAGCCCGCUGGGCGCAGGGAGGGAGCCGCGGGGAGGGUGCAGCCGGGGCGGGGCGAGGGGAGAGACACUCACACGGCCGAAACCCACCCACACCGGAGGGGCCGGGAUUUGUUUUUAUUGUGACUUUGAGAAAUAAACACAUUUAAGUUGAAGAGCCUUUACUUCCGAGUUUAGCCAGAAGUAGAAUUAAAACACGGAAUCCGUUAUCAAACAGCAGGGAGAAGCGAUGGGUGCCCCCCCCCCCCCGUCGGAGCCCCGGGACCCACCUGCCCUUCCCUGCCCGAGGCGGGGGCACCGCUCCUGUCCAGGCCCCGCUCCGGGCCAGCGCCCCUUCCGGGAGGCGCCGGGUGCAGCCGGCGGAGACGGGACCUGCAGGGAGUGGACGCCGGGCUCUGCGGGCCGAUCGAGGGGCCGCCCAGACCAGCUCCAGGACCCACAGGGCUCCCCGAAGCCUGGGCGGCCCCUUGGGUUCCCCCUUCCCGCCCAGCUGGCCGCUGCCUGGAUAGGGUGCGGGCAGACCCCCCCGCCCUCUGCCGGGGACAGACGCGGGGCCGCAGGGGCGGGGAAGGGCCCCCAUGGCCGCGCACUAGGGCUGCCAGGCUGGGCCGGGGCCAGAGAUCCGCUCGGAGUUCUCAGGUUCUGCCCAAACCCUCUCCCAGUCCCGCUGCUCCGCCUGGAACCCAAGCGGGCUCUGCCCCCGGGACCCUCCUCACCUGGCCCCGCCCUCCCGGGUCCCUCCUCACCUGGCCCCGCCUCCCCGGGACCCUCCUCACCUGGCCCCGCCUCCCC